AUGACCACUCCAUCCUCAUCCCCAUCAUCUUCCUCUUCUUCUUCUUCAUCAUCAGAAACAUCAUCAGAAUCAUCAUGUGAAGGUAGUUCAACCUCUGCGCCUUGGGUGUCGUCUACGCAGAGAGGUGAAGAAACAGAGGCAGCAUUCUCAUCAUUGCGGGAAUCUGAUAGUUCCAGAGAUAAACAUCGAGGACGGCUAUCCCAACAUGGGCAAAAUACAUCAGAUGCACAAGAUCUUUCCCCAUCCUUGUCAGACUCCGCGAAUGGUGCUGGUUCAAGUGAUUGUUGGAUUUGUCGAGAUGGGAUGAGUACUCCAGAAAAUCCAUUGGUGACUAAUGUGUGUACUUGCCGUGGAUCUAUUGGGUGGGUACAUAUGGAGUGUAUUAAUGAAUGGGUCUUUUCACAGCGUCGCACAAACUGCCCAAACUGUGACGCUACCUAUAAUAUUGUUUCAAACAGUAAAAUACAAUUACCACAAACUUUCUCAGAAGAGGUAAAAGUUGUAUUUUGGAAUUUAUUCCUACCUUUUAUGAUUAAGGCAUUAGUACUUUUCCUUGGCAUUGCAGUGAACGGUUUUGUUGUUCCAUUUGCUAUUGGGAUUUCAUUUUAUCACGCAUACAUAUUUAACAGUACAAACGUAGAUUCGUAUAUAAAUACUACUAUCCCUACUGCUAUUACUAGUAAUACUACAGAUGCGGUUACUGUUAUGACUCCCAAUGGGUCUUUAUUUAAUGAGGGAAACGAGAAAAUCUCCUCCCAUGGUAAUUUUACUCAUCUUCAUUCUGAGAAAGAUGGUGAGGUACUUGCUGGGUUUUGGUUGUGGACUAGUGUGAUGGUGUAUGGAUGGAUUUGUGUUGUACUCUGGCGAGGUGUGGGUAGUGGUUGGCGACAGUGGUGUUCUAUCUUUAAUGAAGAGGAACCAGAGGCGGAACCAGAGGCAUCUCCCUACACAAUGGUGGAAUGUAUGCAUUGGUUUAUGGAUGGUUGUUUGGAACGAAUGGGAUGUUCACGUAAAAGUGUAAUUCCACGGUUAUUUGAAUUGGGAGUUCUUAUGCCCGUUUCUUUUUUAAUUAGCUUUCCGCUUGGAGUAGCGGGAUUAAUAGGAUUCUUAAGCUCAAGUAUGCUUAUUUGGCGUCUUCGUUUUCCACGAAAAAAGAUUAAUGAUUCCAGACGACGUUUUGAAGAAGUAAUGGAGAGAAAAAAUGAUGCAACGGAAUUAGAUAUACUCUUAUGGUUUGGUACAUACGUAAGUGAGAUGUUAUUAUUUUCUAUUUUAAUGUCUGCUUUUGGAGGAAUUGUUGUACAUUUUGCUAUUUCUCCAUAUUUUAUUUCAUUUCCAUCAUCUUUUGAGGAUUUCGCAGCGGAACUAACUGUACUUCGUCUUGUACUCUAUUGGCUUUUAGGGGCUAUAUGUUCUAUGCUUUUAAUGCGUGUAGAGACAAAAAUUAUUUUUCCUCUUUUCGCACCAGGUGUUGAUUUAUUUUUCAUUCGUAGUGUGAAUUUGGAUCUUGAUGCGGAAUCUGCUUAUUGGAAUUUCAUUUUGGUUCAAGUUUUUGAUGCUGAUCCACUUCGAAUACUUACAGAUUUUAUUCGUGUAAGUAUUAUUGAAUUAACAGCAUUAUGUCUCUUCCUUCGAAUUCCAAUUUAUACUGCAUUUACCGCCCAUCAAAUAUUAUUUAUGGAAGAUACAAAUGAAAGUAUGUUAUCAUCAUUGUCAUCACUUCCUUCUGGUUUUCCAGUCCCUGAGUUUGAGUUUGACUUGAAUGAAUCCAAUCUUUUCUUCCUUCCUAAUAUGGGAGAACAACAAGAAUUAUUACUAAAACAAUUUUGGGAGUCCAAAUUUUCUCUAAACGCGGCUCUUUAUUCUCUGGCGAUUGGAUUUACAUUUGUAUUUCGUCAAUUAUUGGGAAUAUUUUUAUGGUUACUUCGACACCCAUCAUGGAUUCGAUGGGGAUCUAAUUUAUUAAUUGUUAUUGGAUCAGGAUCAUUUCUUCUCUGUUUAAAACUCUUCCCUAUUACCCAAACGCAUCUAAAAGCUAUGCGUCCAAUUACGGUAUGGAUGGGACGUCAUCUUUUCCAUAUGGAAGAAUUUCUAUUUGAUGCGGAACGUUUAUCUAUUCUCGAUCGUUGGCUUUGCGGUGAUGGACAGAGUGAAGUGCCGGUGCCUGAUCCUCCCAUUGCAACCUCCUUUGUGCGGCGAGAACGAACAUUACCACCAGAUUUUGUACUUCCAAAGUAUUUAAAAUUACGACUCGGUUUAUUCUCUGUGAUUUUUUUCUUUAUUGGUACUUCACUUAUUUGGGCAGGUCCUGUUUUAGCCAUUACCUUAUUACUCUCAGUGGUGCCAUACAGUGUACCACUUGUGUGUGGUUCAUUGAAUCUCUUCUUUUUUGUAUUAAAUCCUAAACUUUACUUUACUGCAGUCACGGAGUUUCUGAUGAUAUCUGUAGCUAUUAUCUUUGGAUUCUUUCUACAGCCGGUGCUUCUCUGCGCCCCGCUCUUAGACGUAUCUUGGCACCAACUUGUGCGAGAGUCCGUGGAGUACUGCGAUGAUGUCAGGCGCACUGUAGGAGAGUAUAAGGGAGAAGUUGACGCUGUUGAUGAUUAG